GGAGCUGGAGCUGACGCGUCGCGGAGGAGGAGCCGAGGCGCGGGACCAGACGCCCGGGGCGGAUCGUCGGCGGCCGCUGCAGGCCUCUAAGAUUGGAAAACGUAAGGAGUGUCACUGUUGACCAUACUAAAUUUUGUGCCUUGGACAUCCGUGCUAAGUGAAGGACCCUGUACCCACUACUAAGUGAUUACCAUGGGCCUACUUGCAUUUCUGAAGACUCAGUUUGUUGUACAUCUGCUCAUUGGGUUUGUCUUUGUUGUAAGCGGGCUUAUCAUUAACUUCAUCCAGCUGCUCACCCUUGUCCUCUGGCCUAUCAACAAGCAGUUUUACCGAAGAGUAAAUUGUCGCCUUUCCUACUCACUAUGGAGCCAGUUAGUCAUGCUUCUGGAAUGGUGGUCAGGCACAGAAUGUACUUUAUUCACAGAUCAGGCAACAGUGGACAAGUUUGGAAAAGAGCAUGUGGUCAUCAUCCUUAAUCACAACUUUGAAAUUGACUUCCUCUGUGGCUGGACCAUGUGUGAACGAUUUGGUGUGUUGGGGAGCUCUAAAGUCCUGGCUAAGAAAGAACUGCUUUAUGUGCCCCUUAUUGGCUGGACGUGGUACUUUCUAGAGAUUGUAUUCUGCAAAAGAAAGUGGGAAGAAGACAGGGAUACUGUUAUUGAAGGAUUAAAACGUUUGGCUGACUAUCCUGAGUACAUGUGGUUUCUCUUGUAUUGUGAAGGAACUCGAUUUACAGAGACAAAGCAUCGGAUUAGUAUGGAAGUGGCUGAAUCUAAGGGAUUACCCAAACUCAAAUACCAUUUGUUGCCCAGAACCAAAGGCUUCACCACUGCAGUCCAGUGUCUCAGGGGAACAGUUGCAGCAGUCUAUGAUGUAACACUCAAUUUCAGAGGAAACAAGAAUCCAUCAUUACUAGGGAUCCUUUAUGGAAAGAAGUAUGAAGCAGAUAUGUGCGUGAGGAGAUUUCCUCUGGAAGAUAUCCCACAGGAUGAAAAGGAAGCAGCAAAAUGGCUUCAUAAACUUUAUCAGGAGAAGGAUGCUUUACAAGAGAUAUACAAACAGAAAGGUGUGUUUCCAGGGGAGCAGAUUAAACCCACCAGAAGACCAUGGACUGUCCUGAAUUUCCUCGUAUGGGCAACUAUUCUUCUGUCUCCUCUCUUCAGUUUUGCAUUUGGUGUUUUUGCAAGUGGAUCACCCCUUCUGAUACUUACAUUCUUAGGAUUUAUUGGAGCAGCUUCCUUUGGAGUCCGUAGACUGAUAGGAGUAACUGAAAUAGAGAAAGGUUCUAGCUACGGAAACCAAGAAUUCAAGAAAAAGGAAUAAUUAAUCGCUACAGAUUGAACAUGUGUAACCAGAUGGUGUGGUAUCAAAUUAACUUAAUUAAAAACAAAACAACAGAAAAAAAAACACUUAGAAACUAUCUUUUUUCUUAUUAACUGGUGACUAAUAUUAAUAAAUAAAACUUGAGCCAAGAGUAAAGAAAUUGCAAAGAUUGACAGAAGAAGAACAUCAACUUUCUACCUGUGUUCACAGUGUAAGGAUCUCAGUGUAAUUCAAACUCUGGAAGAAAAUCUGGGCUUAAAAAACUGGUAAUAUUUUGCUUUGUUGAUGGGAAAGGGUGACGUCGGGGGAUUUGAAUUCUCCAAAUGACCGAUCUCUCAAAUAUGUGUUUUUUUUUAACAAGCCUGUGCUUACAGGAGAAAGUUUGUUGGAUGCUUUCUCAGCUAAUGUAAUUCUUUAAAGAAAAAAGAAAGAAAGGGCUGGGGGUGGGGGUUGGGCGGCAGCAUCCCAGCAAGUUUUCCUGCUCUCUAUUCCUCCUUCGAUACUCAACAAGCUUUUCCCCAGAGGGGGAAAAAAAGUACUUCUUUAAAUGAAUUAACAGCUAUCCCUCUAGUGGCGUUUUGAAUAAAGGGUCUUGGGAACAGAGUACCCGGCCUCUUCUGCUCUGAUUUUCAGGCAGUACUUGGUAGCUUCUAUACUAUGGAAGGCACCUAUGAAGAAAUAUCUCUCCUAAUCAUAAGCACAUAUUGAUGGAUUGAAAUGGAGUAGAAUCUUUCUUUCCACUUGUCUUAGUUUAAUGCCUUUAUUUUCUAGAGCUAAUGUUUGCCCCAUUUUCUAAGUGCAGAAAUGCAUUUUCUAAAUACUUAUGCCAUAGAUAAUGGUGUUUUUGAAGCAAGGUGACCUUGGGAACUAUAUCUAUAAAAUUAUUUACUCAGUAGUUUUGCAGCCCUUUUUCCCCAUUUCUCUGUUACUACUAGAAUCCCCCUUUUCUCUACCGUUGUAUCCAGUAGUAGCUACAUCGCAUGGAUUUCCUUUAUCAAUCAGCCAGCAUCAAAAAGCACCUUAUUUACUUUUCCUAUAUGUUGUGAAGUCUAAGGAAUAGCACAUCUCCAGAGAUUUUCUAUUACGUGCAAUGGAGGCAUUCUUUGUUCCUUUGAUCAAAUCUGUAGGAUGCCCUUUCAGUAGUUGGGUCACCGCUGAACCCUUUCUGUCAGAGGAAGAUGGAGAUACUAAAGACUGGUUUGGUUUUUUCCCCAAGGUUUUUGCUUUUAACAUAUGUAACAAAUGAAAAUGUAUAUGAAUUUUGAUUUAUUGCUGAAAAUAGAAGGCAAAGAAUUUGGUUUUUAAAAUUUAUUCUUUCGCUUCAUCCAUGCCCCAAACAGGUAAGACCUGUUAUGUUCCUGAAGGCAGCCCCUCGUUGUAUUUAGGUAGGGUAGUUAUUAACACACUAUGAGUGAACAGAUGCAAAUUGCUUUGUAGCAUUGAAGAAAUUGUGUCUAAACCCAAGUUAAACCUUUAUCUCAGCUGCAUAAAAAUUGGAAUCCUUUAUGUUCUAAUUGGGUUUGAAGGAUAAUAGUGAAACAUUUUACUUUUUUCUGUAAAAUCCCAAGUCAUAUUUCAAAGCAUUUACUUUAACUUGUGGCAUUAGGUAAAGAUUUUAGGUCUCUGGGUAAACUGUUCCUCAUUGGAGUUGCUGAUUUUACCACCCAGCCCAUGGAGGUGGCAGGAGAGAGAUUAUCUCAGAAUAAGUGUGUCUCACUCUUCCAGCUAAUCCAUUCCUCCCCAGCUGAGCACUGUGUUACCAGUCUUUCCUUUCUUCAUCAUUCCUCUCAUAAUUUCUAGUCACCUUUUCAGUUCCAAUGUAGAUAUUGUUAACAUUCUCUGUCACCUUCUAAGAAAAAAAAAGGUGUUUGUUUUGAUAUCUUCAAACCAGAAUUCAAAAUGGAUUGAAUUUUCUGGGAAAGCAGAAGGUAGAGGGAGGGGGAAAAUUAAAGCAAACUGAUCAAAACAAUUAUGUAUUGGCCAAUGCUGUGUGUUAGAAAGAUGUUAGUGAGGUCAUAUAUUUUCUUUAUGAAGAAGAUAUUAAACCUAUUUAUAUUUUCUUGGUAACUUCAAUGGAAGGAGGCAGGUGUAGUAAAGGUUGCUUACGAACUACGUUUUAAUCUUAUUCACAAGCUGGGGGUUUUUUGGAACAAAUUUUUUGUUGAGGUGAAGGGGGAAAAAUGAACUCUUUUUCUUCUGUGUUCCACUACCUUAGUCUAUUUCUCUCUUAUUUUUCCUCCCAACUAAACUGGCAAUAUAGUACUGUGAAUAAAUAGAGACUAUUUUUAAUUUUUUAGAUCUUCUUUUCAUGAUACACUGUUUCUGUGUGAAUGUAUUUAAGAUCUUUAUAUUAUCAUUUGCUAAUUUUACCCUUCUAAAUAGUCAUAUCUGGAAAGUUUUAAAGAAAGAGAUAAGAUUAAAAAGUACAACCAUGCAGAAUUUAUUACACGAGGGAAAAAGCAACAUGGUAUAUUUUCUAUUUAAUUGACAUUUCUUAUUUCCCAGAUAGAUGUUUUUUCCCUUUUACAUUAAAAUGCUAUGUGUAAAUUGACAAUGAUUCAGUAAAUGAAUAAUGAAGAUUAGGAGCUUGGAUUGACAACUGAAACAAUGGGCAUAGAUUUUUAUAUCUUAGACUAUUCUUAUUUAAUAAAACAUGGCUUGUAUAUUGGACUACCAAGCCCUCUAAAAGCAAUAAUAAACAAUAUCACGAACUAUUUUUUUUAGUCUUUACUUUUCAUCCAUGGGUUUUCAGGGUUUAUUUUGCAUAGUUUUAAAAUAAAAUUAAUCAUUGUUAGGACAAUGAGGCAGCUCCAAUAUCCUACUUCUUUCCUUCUCCUGAUUUCUUUAUAUUUCUACUCCUAAAACUUCAGUGAUUAUUGAUUGUGUUUAUAUGAAGAUUUGGUCUUUACCUGUGUGUCUAGAACAAAGGUCCUUAACCUAGGGCCCACGAGCCUGUUUAAAAAAAAUUGAUUACUGUAUUUCAAUAUGAUUAGUUUUCCUUUGUAAUCUUUUAUUUUAUACACAAAAACAUUAUUCUGAGAAGAGGUCCAUGACAUAAAAAUGGUAAGAACCCCUAGUGUACAGGAGGGCUUCUCCAGAGUUUCCACAGUUUUGUGCUCACAGUUUCAGGCAAGAAUCAGGACUUGAAUCUGAAAACUCUCUGAGCUGCCUCUCUGAUGAUCAGAGCACAAACACAUCUCUGAGGAUCAGUGGCCUGUAUCAUCUUCUAUGGCCAAACUAGGCACCUGGCUAAUUAGAGGACAAAAACAAAGAGCUCUGCAAUUAGGAUACUCGACUGGUAUCCUAGAGUUUAUUGAAUAGUUGAUGUUUGUACAUCGUUUAGUCACUGUGGCUCGCACGUGUGCCAGCUCAGAGAACGCAGGUCUAGCCUGUCCUUUGUUUUUCUCUAGCUCAUCUCAGAGGCUUCCUGUUACCUUUGCUCCAGUUCUCUCUCCCUGCCUGACUUCCACAAGGUCACAGUUACACAGUGUUAUCACCAGAGAUAUUGUCUUGCCCAAACCCUUUAACAGGUGAGGAAACUAAGACCCAAGAAAGUGAAAUGCCCACCCACAGCCACACAGCGAGUAAGUUAACACAGCCAGAUUCAAAACCUGGUUUUCCCAAGUCUCAGCCCAGUGUUUUUCUCACUAUACCAUGUUGAAGUAUAUGGACAUUAUUCUUUACACAGUGGUGCCAUAAGGUCAUUGUGUGCUCAGUUUGCUGGUGGUAGUGUUUGAAGACCAUUCCAUUUGGAUUUACCUCAGCUGGAUUUCAGGAGCUUUCCAAGUUACCUGUUAUAACAAUAUGCUUUUGUUGUUGGUACUACAGACAUCUGCAAAUUUUGUCUGAAUUCUUUGGACAAUUCUUUUUGUUGUUGCUACAUGUAGCAAGAACUGGAGGCAGUAUAGAUGAAUGAAGAAAUUUUGUGGCAAUGUAGCUUAGCUGUUACAGAAAGAGGAAUGUUUCCAUAGGAAAGCAUUGUCAUGAGGUUGAGAAUGCUAUCUUUUUAAGCCUCUCUUUUCCUGAGAGAUAACCUUGAGAAAGGCUCAAAACAAAGCCAAAUGUCUUCAGUUUGCAAUGUUAGUAAAAAAUUAGACUAUCAGUUAUGUAUUUAACGAGAGCUUCCCUGCUUUGUGCCAGGCAGUAUUUUAGGUGCUUGAGGAGAUAAAAAGAAAUAUGUAUAAGAUGUGGUCAUUUCCCUUAAAAUACUUGUAAUCUAGUUGGGAAGAUGUGGCACAAAUACAUGAAAAGUUAAAUAACAGUACCAAAGUAUAAGAGAGGUUACAAGUCUAUUACUGCCAACUAGAUUGAGGAAUUGGCAAGCUAAGAACUUUUUUUUAAAUACUCUUUCAUGUUUCCAGUUGAGACAGGUCAAAAUUUAUCCUCUCCAACCCAGCUUAGAUUCAUAAACCUGUCCAGCUUGAUGUAUAAAUCCACUCUAUGGAUUUCCAAAAAUAGCUAAAGCAUUUUUGGGGGAAGGUUUUCUCUGGUAGGUACCAACUAGUAUUGAAGAGAGUGUGUGAAGUUAUGUCUAAAUAUUGCCAUGUGAACUAAACCUUGGCUUGAAGGCUCUUAGGAAGAGGUAUUAAGCAUUUUCCAUUCCCUUCUUUCCCCUUUCUCACAGUGGCAAAUAUUUGGGUCUAUUGCAUGCCUCUUCUCCAGUAACAUCUCAUACAAAUCAUCCCUCAGGUUAUGACAUUUCAGACUUAGAACAGGGCAUAAUGUGGAAUUCCUCAGCCCUGUGACACAUGACUUCUAAUUUUAGGCAGAUUAUACCAUGAGACAGAAGUCACAAUUUCAUCUGUUAAAAUUGUCAUAAUGGGCUCAAAAGGGUGGUAAUAUAUACAAUUUUUGUUCCUGAAGCCCUGUGCUAGGAGAUUCUCGAUAAUUAUACAUUUGUAAGAUUAUACUUUUUAUUUUUAAAAAAUUUUCACAACUAUAAACUUGGAUUUUUUUGGAAAGAAGAUUGGAAAUAAUUAAGUAGAUCACUUUUUUUCUGCAUAAUUUGGAAGGAGAAAUGGUAUGAUUCUUACCAGGUGCUCAGGUAGUGGGAAGAAAAUAUUGAACACUUUGGAGUUGAGGCCUAAAGGGUAAUGAAAGUCAAUUAGGAAUUGGAACAGGAUAAAACAGACACCUCCCAAGUAAAGUUUAUGUUCUUCAGUCUUGUAAAGGUCUAUUCCACUCAGAUUUUGUUUUGUUUUUGACAUAUCUGACUUAUUAAUUUCUUUGUUUUUGCAGAAAGAUUUGUUUAAUCGGUAGGUUAAUUAUGAAUGUGGUAUUGAAAUGCACUAAAUUGUAUUAAACCGACCUCGGAUCAGUUAUUGCCAUGGAGAAAUGUCACUGAUCCUUACAGUACUUUUAGCAUCUCAAAAUUAUAAGUUGUGACAAUCAAAUGUUGCUUGCCUAAGU